CUGGGCCCCUUUCAUCCCCUAGCUCUGCCAGCAACAGCAGCAAGGAGGAACUACUGGAUGACCGAGACCCGCUGUUAGUCCGGGCUGAACUGGCUCUGCUAUCUACAAUUUUUGUGGCUGUGGCCUUAAGCAAUGGCCUAGUGCUGGGGGCCCUAAUACGACGGGGCCGGCGUGGACGCUGGGCACCCAUGCACGUCUUCAUCAGUCAUUUGUGCCUAGCUGAUCUGGCUGUGGCUCUGUUUCAAGUGCUGCCCCAGCUGGCUUGGGACGCCACUGACCGCUUCCAUGGCCCUGAUGCCCUUUGUCGGGCCGUCAAGUACCUGCAGAUGGUGGGCAUGUAUGCCUCCUCCUACAUGAUCCUGGCCAUGACACUAGAUCGCCACCGCGCCAUCUGCCGGCCUAUGCUGGCAUACCGCCAUGGAGGUGGGGCUCGCUGGAACAGGCCAGUGCUGGUGGCCUGGGCCUUCUCACUCCUUCUCAGCCUGCCUCAGCUCUUCAUCUUUGCUCAACGUGAUGUGGGAAAUGGCAGUGGGGUGUUUGAUUGCUGGGCCCGAUUUGCAGAGCCAUGGGGCCUUCGUGCCUAUGUCACCUGGAUCGCCUUGAUGGUGUUUGUGGCACCUGCCCUAGGCAUUGCUGCCUGCCAGGUUCUUAUCUUUCGGGAGAUACAUGCCAGUCUGGUGCCAGGGCCAUCUGAGAGGACAGGGAGGCGCCGAAGAGGGCACCGGAUAGGAAGUCCCAGCGAGGGAGCCCAUGUAUCUGCAGCCAUGGCAAAGACUGUGAGGAUGACACUGGUGAUUGUGAUUGUCUACGUGCUGUGCUGGGCACCCUUCUUCCUUGUGCAGCUGUGGGCAGCGUGGGAUCCAGAAGCUCCUCUGGAAAGUGGGUGUGGGUGUAACUAAGGCUGGGGGUGAGGGAGGUAAGGGGCUUGCCCAACACAUUGAAGUACUCUACUUGUUACCUUUAUGCAUGUGGUGUCCCUGUGGCUUGCUAGUGUGAGCAAGGGACACCCUGGCUCCAGCCUGGACUCUUUUCUU